AUUUUGAUGAUCAGUAUUGAUUGACUUAUCGAUGAAGAAACAACUUUUAAAUCAUUUUUGAUCGAAAAAAAAUCCCAGUGAUAAAAGUUCUUUCGUGAUUUUUCAUUAAUAAAUAAAUACUCAAUUUUGAAGUGGAACUUAAGGUCAAAAUGAAUAAUUUAUCAGCAGAUAAUCCUUCAAUUACACACGAUGAAGAUGAUUGUUAUCAUAGAAAAUUUUUGGAUCAAAUUUCUGAGAAUAAUUUUAACAACAACACAUCUCAAAUUGACUCAAACGCACUAUCGCCGAUUGUACAAAUAGAUCCAUAUUAUGAGUCUUUUGAUUCUAUCUCAAUGUUUACUGAAUCAACAGUACCAAGUGAUUUUGCAGAGUUAGAAGUUCAAGCUCAUGUGUAUCGUAAAAAUCAGAGACAAGCAGCGACAGCAAGUCUCGAAAGUGAAUUGAAACAACAGAAUAAUAUACAGUACAAUUUACGGUUUGAUAAAGUUGUGAUAGUUGGAGCAAAUGAGAAGAAGGACAUUGACAUUGAUAAGCCAGUAUCUGAAGCCGUAAAUGAAAUAAUAACAAAUAAAGUAAAUUUCGAGGAAAUCCCAUUAAAAUAUAUGUCAGUUGAUGAACAUAAAUUCUUUAAAUUAUUAAAGAAAAAAGCACUUCUCAUACCAAUAAUUUGUCUCUUUUUGAUUCUAAUUGGUGGAAUAUCAUUUUUAAUUUUCGAUACGUUGAAAAAUGAACAGCAUGAAGGAUUCUCAUCAACAACAACAGCUGAAAUAAUUAAAUCUACAACGCCAUAUGAUACUACAUCAGAGCCUGUCAUCAACCAUAAAAUCAUAAAACGAAAUGAUUGGAAAACCAAUGAUUCAUUUCCCAUUACUGGGAAAUACAAAUUAAUUUCACCUGUAAAUAAAAUAAUUCUCCUCACUACAGUCACAAGUCAAUGCGAUACAGAGGAAUCAUGUAUUGAAUUUAUAAAUGAACAACAACAGUAUGCAUAUCCGGAAUAUGACGACAUACGUGAGAAUUUUAUUAUAGCACUUGAUGGGACGAUUUUUGAAGGAAGAGGAUUUGAACGUGAAGGCGAGACAACAUGUGAAAGUGAUAAAAUAACAUGCUAUAAUAACAAAGCUAUAUCAAUAAGCUUUGUACAGUCUCCAACGAAAGAUUAUGAAGUCAACAACAAACAACAAUCAGCAUAUUGUCAGUUUAUUAAACAAAAACAAGACAUGAGACUCAUUGACUAUACUUUUACUGCCUUUAAUCACAAUAAUUUAAUAUCAACAACUGCUCAAGAUGGAAGUUUUGGAAAGUUGAAAGAAUGCUGUGAUUUGCAUAAUAACAUUCCAAAAAUUGAAAGAAGGAAUCAGACAAUAGAAUUCAUUGACGAAAAUUUAAGGAGAAUGUUCAGCACAAAAGUAAUAGUAACAUCAACAGGUGGAGAGACAUGCAAUGCACAGGAUGGAUGCGCCAAAAUUGUGCAAACUAUUUUUCAACAAAACGAAAUUAAAUCAAAUUUUAUUUUUGGUGGAGAUGAAUUUAUUUUUGAAGAUAGGAACUUUGAUCUAGCUGUAAAUGAAUCAUUAAAUGACGUCCUCUUGAUUUUAUUUAUUGGGAAUUAUUCAACAAGUUUAGCAUCACAAUCAUUAAUUACUAAGUUGAAUAAUGAGUUUAUAGAAUAUUCUAUCGUGUUGGGGAAAUUACCGAGUAGCUAUAAAAUUUGUGUUACAAAUGAGUCCAAAACAUUAAUCAACGCCAUUCGUAAUCUAAACUCAACAAAAUAUGAAAAUUUUUGUAAUGAAAAAGUGUGAGCGAAUAAAUUCAACAACAUUGUUUGUGCAUUAAUGAAGCCAGGUUACAUUCUAAUCAUCAUCGUCAUGACAAAAAAAAAUUCUCAAUUUAUCUCACAUGUCAAACAUAUUAAAAAUAGCUAGCUAGACAUCAAUUCAAAUAUUUUUUUUAUAUGUGC